AUGCUUCUCCAGCUUCUGCUUGUUGCCUUGACAUACCGCAUUGGUGAUGCAUACGCUCACCUAAACCAAGUUGUUUCGCCGCGGGGGUACCUAGGUAGUCCUAAACGAAACUGCGGGGAAGAGACGUGCUUGGCCCGCCGCUGGCAUCAUCGCUCCCACGCCCGUCGCGAUGCCGCAGCAAUAUACCUCAUCAGGCACUAUAGACGUUCGCCAGCUCCUCUUUCCUCGACCAACGACGUGAACGAAGAUCAGAUCACAUACCUAACCACUACGCGUUCAAAUCUGCUCCACAGAACAACGGCGCGUGUUGCUGCACACUCGUACACUCCCAACGGCUUCAUAAUGCUGAAGGGCUCAACUGACAAUUUGCUUAUGGCUGGGUGUAGCGCCCGGCACUACUGGCAUAAUGCGUGA